GGAGAAGAUAAACAAAAAGGAAGGAAGCCUUCGGCUGCACAAUCGCGGCAAAAUCGGUUCAAAAGUCGAGGUCGCGAGCCGCAGUUAGCGACUUAAUGUCCCCUUCACCCGCGUAGCUCGCUCCCCACCGGCGAACACCAUCAUGGACGACUCGAUAAUCUUCCGUAUGAGCGCGUUCUCCGAGCAGGGAGGGAGGAAAUACAUGGAGGAUGUUGUCGAGAUCAAAAUCGAGUACGAGCCGACGGCGGCGCCAGCGGAGGAUCCUCCGAAGCCGCAGCGGCAGCAUGAUGGAGGACAGCCGGGGGGAGCGGAGUGCGAAGCCGCCGGACACACGGACACCGAAGCGCGGGAUGGACGUGACGUCGCCGCCGAAUCUGGUCCCGCUUCUGCGAUGUGGGUGGAGAGUGUGUCGAGCGAGGACAACAACAGCGGCGGCGGCGAGGCACCGGAGCCGGCCGGGAAAGAUGCGGAGCGCGUCGUGGACACGCGCAGGUCCGUGGCGUUCUUCGCCGUGUUCGACGGCCACGGGGGCCGGGAAGCCGCGCACUUCGCCCGGGACAAUCUGUGGGAGCUGCUGAAGAGGCAGCGCGGCUUCUGGUCGAAGGAUCACGGCGAGGUGUGCGCCGCCCUCCGCAAAGGCUUCAUCGCCUGUCACCACGCCAUGUGGAAGGAGCUGCCGGAGUGGCCGAAGACCAUCACUGGUCUGCCCAGCACAUCGGGCACCACAGCCAGCGUGAUCGUGAUCCGCGGGGUUCACAUGUACGUCGCUCAUGUCGGGGACUCAGCAGUCGUGGUUGGAGUGAAAGAGAGCGAGUCCGACAUCACGCUCCAGGCACUUGAAGUAACACAAGACCACAAACCGGAACUCCCGAAGGAAAAGGAGAGGAUUGAACGACUGGGUGGCAGUGUCAUGAAGAAAUCUGGGGUGAACCGUGUGGUGUGGAAGAGGCCUAGACUGACCCAUAACGGCCCUGUGAGGAGGAGCACAGUCAUCGACCAGAUCCCCUUCCUGGCUGUGGCCCGAUCCCUAGGUGAUCUCUGGAGCUAUGAUUUCUACAGUGGGGAGUUUGUGGUGUCACCAGAGCCUGAUACCACCGUAAUGACCCUUGACCCCAAACUGCAUCGCUACAUCAUCCUUGGCAGUGAUGGGCUAUGGAAUAUGAUGCCACCCAAGAAUGCUGUGAAUAUGUGUUAUAGCCAUGACAAAAUGGUGGGGCCAAAGGGGAUGUCCUGUGCCCGCCGGCUUGGAUGCACAGCCCUUCUGUUCUGGAAAGAGCGCAUGCUCCGUGCAGACAACACAACGGUUAUCGUCCUGGCCCUGCAGGAGCCCGGCGGACCGCCUGUCCCUAUGCAUCGAGACGAGAUCGUUGUUGACAUGGCCACUGGAAUGGACCAGGUUCCAUUCCCGGGAACUCCUUAUAACACAUGCGAGGUCCCAAAGAGUGAAGCAGGGGCCCCUCCCUCCCGUUUCAGAGCGAGUUGCACAGCUCUGGAGCAGGCACUGGGGCUGCACGAUGCCGCCUCCAGUGCCGCCGCGCAGCUCUUAUCUGACGAUGACUCUGUCGGGGCCACACUGUCCUCGUCGCAUGCCUCGGAGAAGGUUUACGAAAAGCAAGACUCGACGACCCAAAUGGACUGCGCCUUCUCUGCUCCGCCACCGAAAAGGUCGCGCCGUUCGCCGCACACUCCCCCCGACCUUGACGGCCGGCCGCCCGACAACGUUUUGCCCCCAAAUACGCCUUGUAGCAAAGCACCAAGUGAACAAUCCCGUGGAACACAUGCUCAGAAAGGAGAGGGAAGCUCCUCGGAGGAACUGGCUCCCCUGUCACAGCACCACAAUGCUGCCUUGUGUGUGUGCUGAAUCUUGUCCUUUUCUUUCCCGAGACUAGAAAGAUAAACGGCAUCAUGUCAACAUUGCUUAAGUACCAGUUGUGCUGUAGGCCUGUUCUUAGAUGUAUACUUUUAUACAAAUGUCUACCUAACCCUUUUUUUUUUUGUAAAUAUUUGAGAUAUUUGAAAUUGGUACGUGUUGAUGUUAUUCCUCCUUCCCUCUUCUUCCAGCCCCCCCUCUUUAAAUGUAAGUGUUCGGUACUUUAAAACUUGAAAUUUUAGAUUUGUUCAAUCGACACAAUCUAUUUUCAUACUUAUAAGUAUGUACAGUAUAUCCAGAAUAUGUAUUUUGAAGAAGACGGAUCACUACAAUCUGACUUAACUUCAGCUGGUUCACCUGAAUUGUGACGCAUGCGUUCUUCCAGUCAAGAUUUGUAUGAUUACUACAAAUUAAGCGUUUUGUAUUGUUUUGACUCUUGGCUGCUGUAACACAUCACUCUUUAUAGGGUUAAUACCUCAGACCAGUGUUUUGUUUUUUGGAACUUUACAGCAUCUACUGUUAAUGGUUAGAUUUCACCUUCUGUUGAUCCGUAGGUAAAAGUGAAGGCUGCAAAGUAAUGGAACCGAAUUGAAAAAAAUGGUCUUAGGAAAUUAUGCGGGUAUUGAAUUUUAUUUGUAAUUUUUUUAAACCUUUUUUUUUUAUUUAAUUUUUUAUCAGUGACUUAUUAUGCACUGUUAUGAUCUUAACUGUUACUCUGCUAUUGGUGAAUCUAACGGAUAGCGUGUGAGGAGAAGUCGAAGGGGCAGUUCACCUAAAAAAAACUGAAAAAAUGAUAUAUAUCAUGUCUCGAUUCAAGAGCUGCACUCUUCAGAGGACGUGGCUCAUGAAGGAAUGGGUCUUCUGUGGCUGGGCCAACUCGUGGACCAACUCGUCCCAGCAACAGAGCUGAAGUUUGACACACAGAAAGUUUGAAUGCCCCCAUGUGAUGCAAUCGAUUCAAUGCCGCCUCUGCAGCUCGGAAUUGAAUCACAGCUAUUCUCUCACUGGCAAAAGUGGCAAAAUUUGAGUGAACUGACCCUGACAUUUUACUUCUGUCACUUCUUGGCUGGAUAGUCAUAUUGUUCCAUUCCAAGCACAUCCACCAUUUAUCAUCCUCAUCAUUGGGCCUGUCUAGAAGUAAAUUUGUUUUAAACAGGCAGAAAUAUUUGCUGUAUUGCUCUAUGUACUGGAAAAUCCACAGUGGAAGGUGACUGAUGUUGUUUAUAAAGUAUCAGGCGAUUUUAAGGCGAUUUUAAAAUGACUUCCACAUUGUUCUUAAAUGGUUUGCAUCUCUAACUUGUGUUUUGGUAUUCUCAUUUAAUACAAAAAGUGCCCAAUUCCUGUUUUCAAGUAAAUUACAAAAAUGGUCAAAGGUCUAACACGUGUUCAUAUGGCAGCUCAACUACUCUGCUAGCUGAUGUGUUUGCCUUAUUUUUACAAAAGUUUCAUUGUUGCCUUAACAAAAAUUUGUCAGAGGUGAAUUUUACAACCCCCCCCCCCCCCCCCCCCCAAAAAAAAAAAAACAACAACAAACAAACAAGAGCAAAUCUCUCGGAUACAACGAUGUGCUUGCAACCUCGGCACCGGCCUCGACCUUCAUCUCUUCACCACUGUCAUCUUCACCAUUCCCACUGCAGCAUACUGAACCCCGCUCCACGCGGUUAAUGUUUUCCAGUUGUACUGCAGAGCAGUUUGUCAAUGUUUGUACAGUGAGUCUAUAUGCAAUAGAAGUCUGUACAGUACACUAUUAUGCAAAGUGAUUGGUCGUCAGGAGUCUGGCAUGCUCGGAACUGCUCUGUUUAUUGUGAAAAUGUUCAGGGGAGAUGGAUGUUCAUGAGCAUGUGGUGUGUUUUGACCAUUACAAUACCUGGGUCUGGCUUCCGUUCGGCUGGAGCCAGUUGUCUGGUCAAAUAUAAAUAUAUAUAUAUAUAUAUAAUACAUACAGUUCUUCACAUGCCUUGACCAGAUAUACAGUUUGUGUGUUGUAAUAAAGUUCUCAUUUUCCAAUU